AGACCACCUCACCACCAUCAGCAUGUCGGAUCCCUGGGCACGAUAUGAGGCCUGGCGCACGGCCGGGGGCAUUGGCCGUAAUGCGAACAUGAUGCGUCUGCUGCCGGGAUUUCUGAUUGGUACUGGCCUUUUUGUGGUUGCCGUCGGUGUCGAGUCGGUCAUGUCCAAGGGCCAAAAGAAGCACUGAGCUGAACGUUGCUCUGGCUAUUAUUGAUUUCCUCUGACAUUUGCUCUGGCCUUUUUAGCAACGAAAAUUCUGGCGCCUUCGGUUUAGCUCUCAACAUGUCAUGGUCCAUGUGACCAUGUAUCUGUGUGUUUGUGUCAUGUGUUGUGUUCAAGGCUCAGCGGUUCCUUUCGCCGCGUUUCAGCCAUUUUGGUGAGGUGCUUGCACCUGCAGACUCUAGGGUCUUGAUUAAACAUGACUGCUGAAAAGCUGUCCAGGCUUACAGCAGCCAACACACCACCAUCUCUUCGCCUCGUCACAACGGCGGGUCGUGCUGGCAUGGAGUUUGUUUUCUUGGCUAGCUCCGCAUAGCCUUUGAGCAAUCUGUUUGCCAUCGUUUUUGUGAGUGGCCAUCGUUCCUUCCCUGACCCACCCCUUUUUCAUGCCGCGGUGACUCUUGACUCGUGGCAAGGAAAAGCCGAAGCUGAAAUUAUCACCACGAAUUUACAUGAAAGAU